AUGAGAGAGCAACACGAAGUAUUUGAACUGAUUAUAAAUGUAAAAAAAGUUUGUCUAGCCCUAUGUCAGGCAUUGAAGGAUGAAAUAAGAAUACCGUCUUGUCCGGAAGAAUGGCUUUGUAUUGAGAAAGGAUUUGCAAGGAAGUUUCCUCGAGCAAUAGGAUCGAUAGAUGGCAAACAUAUUGAUCUCGACUGUCCGUUCAAUUCUGGCUCUGAAUACUAUAAUUAUAAAAGAACCUACAGUAUAGUAUUAUUGGCAUUAGUCGAUAGUCAGUACAACUUCAUAUUCAUAUUUGCUGAUAUUGGCUGCCAAGGCAGAAUAAGUGACAGUGGAGUUUUCACCAAUACUUUGUUAUGGAACAAGAUAUGCACGAAUAGCUUAAAUUUACCACCGCCGCAUCCUUUGCCCGGUUCAAAUAUUGAUGUUCCCUACAUUUUUUUGCACUUUCAGAACACUUAA